UACUCGAGUAUUUUCCAAACGGUAAUUCGGUAGCUGACAGAAUAACGAAUUGAAAACAGUGCAACAGGGAUACGAACGUUCUUAAUAAGAAUCCGACAAUAAAUUGAAGGCAUCGACGUGUAAAUGGAAUAUUUUGUUUCUUUGUUUGUUUGUUUUGUUUUUCCUUUUUCUGAUGACCUCUUAAUUGCUUUUAAGAUAGCAAAUUAAUAGCUCGAAACAAAUAUCCCAAGAUCAGAAGAUAACAAUAUUUUGCAAAACCAAGGGGGAAACUUUUGGUUCUAACUAUUUAACAUCAUGACAAGUUAUAGCAUUUUGUGGUGCUUAACGGUUCUAAUUUCUAUGGGAAUGUCCGGGAGCGACGAGUCGGACAUCUUAAUGCCCCCGGUGAGUGAGAUGCCCUCGGAUGCUGGGGUCUCUCUAUUUGAAGUGGAGGAUGUGGAUUCUCUUGAGUGCUCAGCUUGUGUUUGGAGAGAACAGAGUAAAGUCUUACGGCUGGAAACAAUCAAAUCGCAAAUCCUUAGCAAGCUGCGCUUAAAACAAGCGCCCAACAUCAGUAGGGAGGUAGUUAAUCAGCUUCUUCCGAAAGCGCCUCCAUUGCAGCAGCUCCUGGACCAUCAUGACUUCCAGGGGGACGCCUCCUCACUAGAAGAGUUCAUGGACGCCGAUGAGUAUCACGCCACCACCGAGUCCGUCAUCACCAUGGCCUCAGAGCCUGAACCUCUGGUGCAGGUGGAUGGAAAACCCAGCUGUUGUUUCUUCAAGUUCAGCCCAAAGCUCAUGUUCACCAAGGUCCUAAAAGCCCAGCUGUGGGUGUACCUGCGGCCACUGCAGCAGACCACCACUGUAUACCUACAGAUCCUUCGCCUGAAACCUGUCACCGAGCAGGGGAGUCGACACAUCCGCAUCCGCUCACUCAAAAUUGAGCUCAACUCUCAGUCGGGUCAUUGGCAGAGCAUUGAUUUCAAACAUGUCUUGCAGAACUGGUUCAAGCAGCCAAACUCAAACUGGGGCAUUGAUAUAAAUGCCUUUGAUGAGAGUGGCAACGACCUGGCUGUGACAUCCCUGCGGCCUGGAGAAGAGGGGCUGCAGCCGUUCCUGGAAGUGAAAGUUCUUGAAACAACCAAGCGCUCACGGAGGAACCUUGGUCUGGACUGUGAUGAGCACUCCACAGAAUCCCGCUGUUGUCGCUACCCGCUUACAGUGGACUUUGAAGCGUUUGGCUGGGACUGGAUCAUUGCACCCAAACGGUACAAGGCGAACUACUGCUCAGGCCAGUGUGAGUACAUGUUCAUGCAGAAGUACCCACAUACCCAUCUGGUGCAGCACGCCAAUCCCAGAGGCUCCGCAGGGCCAUGCUGCACCCCCACCAAGAUGUCGCCAAUAAACAUGCUCUACUUCAAUGACAAACAGCAGAUCAUUCAUGGCAAAAUCCCAGGAAUGGUGGUGGACCGUUGUGGCUGUUCAUAGAAUUGUGCUUGAUAUGGUUUUACUUUGGGAUGGAGGGUGGGUGUCAGGGGUGCAGUCUACAUUGCCCUAGAAUCUCCAAGCCUCUGCAGUUUCCUCAUAUUUUACUUUGAUUCCUUGGAAUCAGUAAUAUAUCAUGUACAGAGCAUAUCAGUAGAACUCUCUCAAGUCCAGGAUAAAUACUGAUAGGAAUUGUUGCUUUAUCGUCAUAAUCUAAAUUUUUGCCCUAACCAGCCACAAGUAUGACACAAAACAAGACAUCAUGGUCACUUGCUUUCUAUUUUUGAUGCAUUGUGCUGGAUAGCUCUAGCCAACAGUGAAAUGUCAUUAGACAAAAUUCCCACUCCACAUGAAAUAUAAUUUGAUGUUUGUUGUUUUAUUCUGUAUUCCGCUUUCAUGGAGGACUGAAAGAAAUUAAUUGACACAGGAAUCUUGUUGAAUCGUGCCUGGUUAGGACACAGUCCUAAUGGAAGAUUAUAUAAAAAUGUAAAGCAAGAGAGAACAUAAAACAAAACACUAAUUAUUUAAUCUGUGGAGCUACCAUUUAGGGAAGUAUAUCAUUAUUAUACAUUUUUUUAUUAUUAUUAUUUUCUUCUUUUAGUUGUGAGAGAGAUUUUGACAUUGACUCCAAAGUGUUUAAGCCAGGAUCCUAAGACUUAUUCUAGUUUCUCAACAUUUGUCUUUACAUUCUACCCUCUGGGGGAAAAAAAGUGUUGUUAAAAAAUGGCAGCUUGAGACCAUAUGUAAUCUAGAAAUUUAUACGAUAUUGUCAACAUUAAAAACAAUGCUAAAGUGUCUACAGUAUAUAUCCUUGAUAAAUGCAUAAAAAUGUCAUGCAAUGAAGAAAUCAUGACAGAAGAUCCAAAUACCCAGCCCCCUCCAAUUAUGCCGCUACCACUGUGGUGUGACAUUCCCAAUAGUCUGGAAAACCUUUAAUGACCACUUUGAUCCUCUUUUCACUCAUGAUCUUGUAAACAUUUAAAGAAAAAAAGACAAGAAAGGAGAGGGUUUUUAUUUUUAGUACUUUUUCAGGAGAACAGGAACAUGCCCCAGCUUUUACACACAUAAACUUAAGAUGUAGAGCACUAUUCAUAUGUUUCAGCAUCUGCAAUUGACAAAAUCAUUAUUACAGAGAGAGGCAUUUAAAUAACACAACUUAUUUAUUAAAAAAGGAACACAGCAAUAAAAGAAAAGGGGAAAUGCAUAUCUAGAGGGUCACAUGCAUGAUUUCAUGUUAAUCUGUGCAAGAGAUAAUACCUUUCAACCUUUAGUAGGAUUUAGAAUGAUUUACAAAAUGAUAGAAAAAUCUGUUCUUAUUCAGGAAUUUCUUUCCAGCUAAUAUAAAUCAACAUCAAGUCACAGUGAAAGGGAAACCAAAAUACAUUGACUUCAUGGAUAUAUUCAGCUGCACAGUGACAGAUACAAAUGUUCUCAUGCUGGCACAGAAUCAUUCAUUUACACCAAUGGAAAAGAAUAGAUGAAAAUCACAACAGUAACUGUGUAUGCUAUGUACAUAAGACUUUAUUUUAAUCAAUGUUUGUAAUUUAGAGAAUAGUCAUUUCAUUUAAUGUUUGUUGUGCUUAAUCAAAAUUUCAGCCCCUUACCAAGCUUUAAACAGUGAACUUUGAAAGUGCCGAAAAAGCAAAAGAUGGGGAGGGGUGAGAGGUAGAAUAGAAAUGUUUUUCUUUUGUCCUAACCAGAUGUCGUGGCUAAGAUGUCCCUUUGUUGGAAACAAAAGCACUAUGAUGUUGGAUAAAAGAGAAGCCUUUUUACACUAAAUAUAAAUAAUAUAAGUAUAUAAUAAAAAAAUAAAAAAUAAAAAUAAAAAAAAAAACUUUGAAAAAAGGAAAAUAAAAAAAGAAUGACAAAAAAGGACGGUGGGUGGGAUGGGUUGAAGGGUAUAAAAGAUUUUCUGGGCACUCUACAUACCAACAAUAAAUUUUGCACUAUGGAAUGUAAAUGGUGAGAGAAGACAUGUUGUUGUCUGUAUUUGUAUUAAACCUUUGCAAGCACAAGAGCUUGUGUGUGGAUUUUAGUAAUUUAAAGAUGGAACAUUUUUGGAUGGAGUUUACUGAGAUGUUUUGCGAAGAUGGAUUGUGAGUCCAUCCGCCAUAUGUCUUAAACUCUUUUGAACUCCCGCUUUCUGCUGAAACAGAGACCCCUUGAAGACCAACCAUAUCUAAAAUAUCUAAACAGAUUGGACAACACAUUCCAGUGACACAGAGUUUCCCACAAAGUCCUAACACUUGACUUGAAAGUCUCAUUUGCCUUUUUGGCAAGCGGCUUGAGUGAAAGUAGUCUUGCACCAUGCUUUGAGUGGGAAUAUAGUUUAGGUUUUGUCAGAUAAAGAGAGGAACUUAGCAUGGAUUAGCAGUAAACAUUUUUUAACUUGCUUUCAGAGCACAAACAAGGUUAUAUGGGCCAAAUUGUAUCUGCUGAAAAGUAAAUCAAUCACAAAAUAAAGCAAUCACAAAAUCAAGUAAAAACUACCUCGUCAACAGUUUGAAACCUUGCUACAAAAUUCACAAAUGUUAAUAUAUAGGGCCAAAUCCUCUAGAUUUAUGGUCAAAAUACAAAUGCAUGUAAUUCCAUCAUAUAAUAUUUUCUCUUGCCAUUUCAAUUGUACUAGUUUUUUUUUUUUUUUUUUCUAUAAGAACAUUAUUACUUGAUGUAAAAGUAUUCUAAAAUGCCACAGGGUCUCUUUAUUAAGGUCCUAUAAGGGCACAAAGAUUAGGAGUAUGAUAUGGAGAUCAUAAGCCAUCACCUUUUUUGUGGUUUUAUAAUUUUAAACCUCUGUGUAAAAUGUAACUUUCUGAGAGAAUAUUGUCAUAUGUGGAUAAAGACGAGGGUGAUCUGUAAAUGUGAAUAAAUCUCCAAUGUUAACAUUUUACACUACAUUGUGUUCACAGGCUCUCUGUUUUGAAGUUUUUCUUACUCUUUCCAGCCACUCUUUCGGUUGUGUAGAUAAAUUAAUUAUGAACUAGUUUUAGUGUAAAGAAGAAUACUUGUUCAUCAUUAUUUCUGUCCUUGUGUUUGUUUAAUAUUUUUUUUCUACAAUAAAUACUUUAUUUAGCUAACAAAAAGGCUUGAACAUUUCUUAAUACAUUGUGCCAAAAUGUGUGGUCCAUCUGAUGUGCCAGGAAA